AUGGAAUCGGGUUCACCUUCACAUAUGUCGCCAGAGACUUUCACCGGACAUGACCUCAGGUUCUUACACCACUUCUUGAUCACUGCAUAUCCUCAUCUUCCUUUUGGCAGCGAAGACUUGUGGAAAACAUCUCUGCCGGCGUAUGCACAUCAAUGUCCGCACUUAAUGCACGCAAUUCUCUCUCUUGGAGCUUCUCAUCUGUCCUUAAUUUCGCCCAGAGCGGAUGAAUAUACCCCUCUAGCUCUUUCUCACAGAGGCAGAGCGCUUAAAUAUCUGGGUGACGCGCUUGCAACAGUGGACCAAUGCACGAAAACUGAUUUAGACUUGAUCCUCGCCACAACCUACGCACUUACAUUCCAGGCAAAUUACAUGACUGAUGGAUUAGUCGAUUUUGCCGUCAUGGUUCGAGGCUGUACGACUGUUACACGGAAAAUUCGAAGUCAGGACCAAGAAAGGGAUAUGUUCCGUCUGCUUAUGUCGGAAGUUAUAUACGCGCGAGUCUGUUCUCAGCUCCCUUCAACCCCAUGCUGGGAUAUUGACAUUCUCGAAAUGUCUAUUGAGGCACUAGAGGGCAUACGGCCGCUACUAGAGGCAAAUGGCCAUCGAAUCAACUACCACGCCAUCUUAAAUAUAUACCGUUGUAUGCGGAUCUCUGGGCGGCAAGGCUUCAUCGCCUUGAGUGAAUUCUACAACGGAUGGGGAAGUAUGGACUAUCAGGAGUUCAUGGAUUUUCUGGAUCCUGGAAACCAUGUCUCCAGACUGUUGUUGAUCCAUUAUGUUGCUGUGACAAUCAUGAUGAAGCCAGUUUUCAGUACUUUCAAGCCGUCUAUGCGAGAAACUCCUAAGGACACACUCGCUAACCAUCAGUGGGGAAUUGGUAUCUAUAGAGGCCUUAAUGCCAAAUUUCGCGGCUUGGUUGAGCUGCAGUAUCGGUUUAUUGUGACGGAUAAAGCAUGGAUUGAGGCGGGAGGAACGAUGUCUGCAAGCGAGAACGAAACCGAUGUUUUGCAACUAUAA